AUGUCUCCAUCCAUUUCUGGGACGUACCUAACCACACCACACCCAGCCACACCCUCCAACCCCCCACACCCCAUCCUCCACCAGGCGCCGCGCAUCUCCCGGGCGGCGUACGGGCGGCACUCGUCGCAUCGGGGGGCUCCGGUUGCCACAGCAACGCACGCACUGAGCUCGCACUGGGGCAGCAUCAUUGCCACGCUCACCAAUCUGCUGACAACACUUAAAGCCUCCCAUGUGCCGUCCCUCCUCGUGCGUGCGAUGGUCAUUCUGAUCUUCUCCUUCAUCAACGUGCAGCUCUUCAACGGCCUGAUGCUGCGUCGGGAUUGCUGCUCCUUCAGCAACGGCGAGUACGUGAAGGCAGGCCUAGGCGAGUUGGACCACUGGUUGCACGAGGCAACUCAUGAGUACACCGGAAAUGCGUGGGAGGAGCUCAAGUACAUCCGCCAGGCUGUUGGCUUCCUAAAGCCCAAGAUGCGCAUGCAGGAAAUCACAUCGGACCUCUGCCCGGCGCUGAGCAUACAGCAGCUGUACCACAUCAGCACCAUGUACUGGGAUGACAAGUAUGGCACUCACACCGUCACUCACGAGAAGCCCAAUAAGAGCAUGCAGGAGCUCACAUCGGACCUCUGCCCGGCGCUGAGCAUAAAACAGCUCCACCGCAUCAGCACCAUGUACUGGGACGGCAAACACGGCACUCACACUGUCUCCUUUGCAGUCAUUUCGGAGAUGCAGCGGUGUAUGAGCGACGAGAACAGCUCGUCUGUCAGCAACUCGUUCCUGCUGGACGAUGACUCCAGCAUCCCCUUCACUGUGGAGGACAUCUCAAAGAGCACUCACGAGAUUGACCUGCGGUUGCUGCAGCUGCCACCAGCCAUUCGAGACAACAGCACCUUCCACUCAGCAGAUGCUGUAGUAAUGGCACCAGCAGUGGGAAUAGCAUGGGAGGCUAAGAAGUAUGUGGUGAUAGGUGCAGUGAGUUUAGCGGAGCUCAAGCAGGCUCCCGCCACCACCCUCCCCACCGUGCCCGAGCCCGCCGUUGCUCCCGCCGAUCCGCCCGCCCCUGCGCCCGCCGCUUCCACCCCCGCUGAUGCAGCCCCAGCUGAGCCCGCCGCUCCUCCCGCGGAGCCCGUGCAGCACCCAUCCGCGGAGGAAAUGGCGCAAGGACCCGUCAUGGAGAACAGCGACCCCACCUUCUUGGGAAUGCCGCUGCAACAGAUUAAGAUGAUCUACCACCACGCCGUGACUCAGUCCACGCGGCUCGCACUGCCGCUUCUGGCGGCGGUCGCGGUCCAGCUCACGCGCAACGUGGACUUCCAGGCGCUCUGGGAGCAGCUUCUCACUCUCGACACGUCCUACCUCGUCGCCGCAUUCUCCGCCGCGCUCUUCGCCGUCACCGUGUACGUGCUCACCCGCCCGCGCCGCGUGUUCCUCGUCGACUUCGCGUGCUACCGCCCCCCCGACCACCUCGUCAUUACCAAGGACGUCGCCGUCGAUCGCGUGAAGAAGCUCGGAUACUUCGACGAGAAAUCCGUCGAUUUCCAGACUAAGGUGUUCUUCCGGUCGGGUCUCGGCGACCGCACGUACAUCCCCCCGUCGAUGCACACAUGGCCGCCUUCCCCGUCGAUCGCGAACGCGCGAUUGGAAGCCGAGAUGGUGAUUUUCGGUGCGAUGGAUGAGCUCUUCGCGAAGACCGGCGUGAAGCCCCAGGACAUCUCCAUUCUGAUCGUCAACUGCACGGUUUUCUGCCCCACGCCGUCUCUCUCGGCUAUGGUGGUUAACCACUACAAGAUGCGCGAGGACAUUCAGUCGUACAAUCUGGGCGGCAUGGGUUGCAGCGCGGGCAUCAUAGCCGUCAAAAUGGCUCAAGAUCUGAUGCAGGGCCAGGCGAACAAGAACAAGCUCGCGGUGCUUGUCUCAACCGAGAACAUCACCCUGAACGCGUACCUCGGCAACCGUCGCUCGAUGCAGGUUACCAACGUUUUGUUUCGCAUGGGCGGAUCCGCGGCGCUGAUGUCGAACAAGCCGAUCGACGCGUGGAAGGCCAAGUACGAGCUUAAGACCGUCGUGCGAACCCACAUGGGCGCGGACGACAAGUGCUACAAGUGCAUUCACCAGCAGGAGGAUGAGAAAAAGAUUGUCGGUGUGAUGCUCUCACGCGAGCUUAUGGGCACUGCCGCGAAGGCUCUUAAGGCGAACGUGAGGACGCUCGGCCCGCUCGUGCUGCCGCUUUCCGAGAAGCUGCUCUUCGCCGCGGCGUACAUCGCGCGGCGCGUGUUUAAGAUGGAUAUUAAGGAGUACACUCCCGACUUCAAGCUCGCCUUCGAGCACUUCUGCAUCCACCCCGGAGGACGCGCGCUUCUCGACGAGGUGCAGAAGGGUCUCCGCCUCACGCAGCUCAACAUGGAACCGAACCGUAUGACUCUGUACCGCUUCGGAAACCUCUCGUCCGCGUCGAUCUGGUACGAGCUGUCGUACGUCGAGGCGCAGGAUCGCGUGAAGCGCGGCGAUCGCGUGUGGCAGCUGGCGUUCGGCAGCGGGUUCAAGUGCCAAAGCGCCGUGUGGAAGGCGCUGCGCACCGUGCCCGGCGCGAAGAACCCCGGGCCGUGGGCCGAGGCUGACGGCUACGUUCCCCCUCCCCCCGUCGAGGCUCUCGAGAUGGAUCCCGAGCCCCACCACUAG